AUGGUCAAGGAGUGCAUGGUAUAUGAUCGAGUUACUGUUGAUAAUUCUGGCAUUGUGUUUAAUUGGGCCUGGGCCAGGCCUGUCCUCGGUUUGGAGGAAUCAAAUCAGGUCCAGCAACUUAUAGGAUUGAUUGACAGUUUGGUUCCAACAUCGGGUAAGGAUAGGUGGUGCUCGAAGUAUGAUCCGAAUGGAAUUUUUAGUGUGGCUAGCAUUAAAAGAAUCCUGAGUGCAGCGAAUCGUAUCAGUCCGGAAAGAGCUUUUGAGUGGAAUAACUGGGUGCCGAAAAAAGUUGGCAUAGUGGCUUGGAGGGCAGAGAUGGAAAGGAUGCCGACUAAAAAUGCAUUAGCAAUACGGAAUAUACCGGUUCUGGAUCAAAUGUGUGUACUAUGCGGCGAGUAUGUCGAGACAUGUGAUCACAUCUUUGUGUUGUGCCAUCAUGCACAAACGGCUUGGCAGAAUAUAGCGGCUUGGUGUAAGUUACCGCCUGUUGUUGCCUUUGGAAUCAACGAUCUAUUGACACUGCAUGAAGUCAGCUCGGGAUCGAGGAAAAAAAAGAAAGCAAUACAUGCGGUUGUCUUGGUGACAUUCUGGAGUAUAUGGAAAAUGAGGAAUGAUGCCGUUUUUAGACAAAGAAUUCCAAACGCUAUGAAGAUGUUAGAUGAGAUAAAAUCAAUGGCGUAUCUUUGGGUCAAGAAUAGAUCAAAAGAGGCGACGUUAACAUGGGAAGAAUGGAGUAGAUUUAGUUUCGGCGGCUAG